AUGUCUUCUCACGUUAAGCUCUCGCUGUUAAAUCUGCGGCCACUGAGAUCAAGAUGCAGCGCGCAAGCUACACGACAGCAGAGACGCUCACACCAUGACUUCAAUCACUUCGUGCAGCUAGAUGCCUACGAAGCAACGACAGCUGCACCUGAAGCAACCCUCGAAUCGGCGACCAAGUUCAAGCUAGCGGUAAAGGACAAUAUCGCGACCCAAGGGCUCCCGACAACAUGCUCCUCCGCCAUCCUCUCCUCCCAUAAAAGCCCCUACGAGGCCACCAUCGUGCGCCAGCUACGAGAACGAGGCGCCCACGUCGUCGGAAAGACAAACAUGGAUGAAUUCGGCAUGGGAUCCCAUUCGCUGAACUCGAUUCACGGCCCUGUCAUUAACCCGCUGUCUGCGACGCCCACCUCUGCUGGCGGAAGCUCAGGGGGCAGCGCGGUCGCGGUUCAGACUGGCGGGGCGGACGUUGCGCUGGGGACGGAUACGGGCGGGUCAAUUCGCCUUCCUGCGGCGUACUGUGGUGUCGUGGGAUACAAACCUUCCUACGGCAUGCUGUCAAGGUUCGGGGUCGUUCCAUAUGCGAACUCCUUGGACACUGUUGGCCUGCUUGCUAGGGAGGUUGACGUUAUCGAGGAUCUGAUGUUCAGCACGGGGCUAGAUGGGGAACACGAUUUCCAAGACCCGACAUCCUUAUCGAAAAGCUUCCGAAAGAAGCAGCUGGCCCAAGCGGCAGCUGGCCGGUCGCAGCUCAGAAUCGGCAUACCCUUGGAAUACAACAUCGAGGAAUUGGACCCCAAGAUCAAGACGGCCUGGUCUGACGCAGCAGACCUUUUACAAAAAUCAGGCAUAGAGGUGGUUCCAGUAUCAUUGCCGUCCACAAAGCAUGCUUUAUCAGCAUACUACGUCAUCGCGCCAGCAGAAGCAUCUUCCAACCUCGCCAAGUACGACGGCGUCCGCUACGGUACCCGUGGCGAUGAGAGUGACGGCGCAGGCGAGGUCCUCUACUCCAAGACUCGCGGCCUCGGCUUCGGCGAGGAAGUCAAACGCCGCAUCCUCCUCGGCGCCUACAGCUUGAGCUCCGAGGCAAUGGACAACUACUUUAUCCAAGCGCAGCGGGUGCGCAAGCUUGUCCAGCGAGACUUUGACCGCGUCUUCAGGCUGGAGAACCCCCUCUACGACGAACAGCAGUUCGACUUGAGCGACAUGAAGGACGAGGUUGAACUUGAGGAUAAGUUUGGCCCGUCGCAGGUGGACUUCCUGCUCUGUCCUACUGCGCCGACGUUUGCACCGCGCAUUGAGGAUAUCAAGCGGCAGACGCCGGUGCAGGUGUACAUGAAUGAUGUUUUUACGGUGCCGGCCAGUCUGGCUGGGCUGCCGGCCAUCAGUAUUCCUACUAAGAUCAAGGCAGGGGAUGAAGAGGCGGACGGUAGCCGGAAUGUGGCGGGUCUCCAGCUGAUCGGUCAGUACUGGGAUGACAGGCGGUUGCUCGGCGUGGCCAAGAACCUCCUUCAUCAACUGUCUGCUUGA